AUAGCCACCAAGAUUAACUCUGCUCCCACUCAGCGCAUCACCCGCGGCUAUGUGCGUUUUACACCCGGCCCUUCAUAUGGGGAUGCUACUUCAGCUCUAAAGAAGAUCCCGCGAUACCUUUUCAGAGUCCAUGCACCAAGCACCUCAGGUAAAACAUCACUAAAAUCUAUCGUAUCAAGAGCUGCUCUCUGUGGUCACGCUAGAUCCGACUGCGACAUAUUCUCGAUGCCCCGGACGAAGCAGCCGAGAUGCUCAACUGCCACCUUCGCGGUUAGGCUCGGGAUGGUGACAACCUCAUGUCUUGGACGAGCUCAUUACUUUUCGCCCUUCAAUACGCACUGUAUCGCAGCAUCAUGCCCAAAAGCUUCGCGUCCAAUGUUUCGCUUCACCCACGCCGGCGACGAAGGCCGACUUCAGCUCUGCCAGCUCCAUUGCGCAGGGAUGUUUCGGAGCGGAAGACGAAUGGGCACUUCCAAUGACAGCCGCAUUACUCUCUCUGCGGAAGCGACCGAUAAACGAUGUUGUAAUCAUUGA